UGUUGAAUGAUUAUGAAUGGGUCGGUGAUGUAGGCGUGUGGAGAAAACGCGAACCAUUACCAAACCAACCAACCAACCAUAUUGUCAUGUUUCUUUCUUUCUGAUACCUGUUCCACUUUUUGUCUGGUCAAAUAAAAUACGCCGCACUCAUUCCUAUUAUCUACACCCGAUCACACUCAUUCCUUUCUUCAUUCCCUUGCAAUGUCAAUGGCGGCUUCCUCCUCCACCGAUCACACUCUUCGCUCCUCCGUCAAAUUUUCCCCUGCUCAAUUUCCUAAAUCCACAUUCGCUCCCCAACGACUCUCUUUUACCACCCCCAAAAUUCCCAAAUGCACCCUUCGUUCUGAUAAUCCCCUUCCUCAAAACUUCAUCGUUUCCAAACCUUCUCCUCUCGAGAUCCUUAAAACCUCUUCAGCUGACAGAUAUACAAAGGAGAAAAGCAGCAUAAUUGUGAUUGGACUCAACGUUCAUACAGCUCCCGUUGAGAUGCGUGAGAAACUUGCAAUUCCAGAAGCACAGUGGCCUCAAGUUAUUCAAGAGUUAUGUGCUCUUAAUCAUAUUGAAGAAGCAGCUGUUCUCAGCACAUGUAAUCGUAUUGAGAUAUACCUUGUUGCCCUCUCUCAACACCGCGGUGUUAGAGAAGUCACCGAUUGGAUCUCCAAGAAAAGUGGGGUUUCGGUACCUGAGAUUUCUAAACAUCAGAUCUUGUUGUAUAAUAAGGACGCCACACAACAUCUGUUUGAAGUAGCUGCUGGUCUUGACUCCCUUGUUCUUGGAGAGGGUCAAAUUCUUUCUCAGGUUAAACAAGUUGUUAAAUCUGGACAAGGGGUGCCAGGUUUUGAUAGGAAAAUUAGUGGUUUGUUCAAGCAGGCUAUCUCUGUUGGAAAACGGGUUCGAACUGAGACUAACAUUUCGUCUGGGUCGGUUUCUGUUAGUUCAGCUGCUGUGGAGUUGGCGCUUAUGAAGCGUUUGGAGUCUUCUUUCGGUGAUGCUAAGGUGUUGGUAAUUGGGGCGGGGAAGAUGGGGAAGCUAGUGAUUAAACAUUUGGUUGCUAAAGGGUGUCGAAAAAUGGUUGUUGUUAAUAGAAGUGAAGAGAAAGUCAAUGCCAUUAGGAAGGAGUUGAAGGAUGUUGACAUAGUAUAUAGACCUCUUUCUGAGAUGAUGGAAUGUGCUGCUGAGGCUGAUGUGAUCUUCACUGGUACUGCAUCUGAGUCCCUUUUGUUCUCAAAAGAGAACGUGGAGAUUCUUCCUCCGGUUGGCCAAGGUGUGAGAAGACGGCUCUUCGUUGAUAUAUCGAUUCCAAGGAAUGUGGAUCCGGGUGUGUCGGAACUGGAGAAUGCGCUAGUGUACAAUGUGGAUGAUCUUCGGGAAGUUGUUGAUGCUAACAAGGAGGAUAGACAACGGAAAGCUAUGGAAGCGCGUGGAAUUAUUAAGGAGGAAUUGAAUACAUUUGAGGCGUGGAAAGACUCUCUUGAAACUGUUCCUACUAUUAAGAAAUUUAGAGCUUAUGUUGAAAGGAUUAGAGCUUCUGAGCUGGAAAAAUGUUUGUCAAAGAUGCGUGGUGACGUCUCGAAGGAACAGAAAGAAGCAAUGUAUGCCCUUAGUAUGGGUAUUGUGAAUAAGCUACUUCAUGGUCCUAUGCAGCAUCUGAGGUGUGAUGGGAACGAUACUAAAUGUCUUGAUGAAGUCCUUGAAAACAUGCGUGCUCUCAACAGAAUGUAUGAUCUUGAGACAGAAAUAUCAUUGAUGGAAGAAAAGAUCAGAGUCAAGAUGGAAAAGGCUAAGAAGUAAAGUAGUAAACUAUUCUUCUUGAAAUGUUCAUCAUUUCAUGCCAUUCCCAUGGUGGCUGCAACUGCAAGCCUCUCCAUCUUGUACAUUACAAUAGUAUCUCUUUCAGGCCCUUAGGAGACUCAUUUUUUUAAUUAUCAUUUUUUAACAUGACACGGAGGGGACUAUACAUUGUUAUCCCCAUACUGAAUUUAACACGCCAAAUUUAUGGCGAUGAGGUUGAUAUGGGAGUGUAGUUGUAGAUUCACGCUCCGCAUGACGAGAUGGUUCUUGUAUUUUUAAUAUUUAAUUGUUACCAUUGCAAUUUGCAAGUGCUGAUUUUUAAUAUUAGUCUGAAAUGCUGUUUUGAAGUA